AUGGCGUGUUUGUCCCUCUCUCUCCCUCUGUUUGUUUUCCAGUACACCGUGUGGAACUUUCUGCCAAAGAAUCUGUUUGAGCAGUUCAGAAGAAUAGCUAACUUCUACUUCCUUAUCAUCUUCCUGGUGCAGGUGAUAGUGGACACCCCCACCAGCCCAGUCACCAGUGGCCUACCCUUGUUUUUCGUGAUCACAGUAACCGCCAUCAAACAGGGCUACGAGGACUGGCUGCGGCACAAGGCAGACAACGAGGUGAACAAGUACCUGGUGACUGUGCUGGAGGAUGGCCUCAGAACCCGCAAGGAGAGCGAGAAGAUUAAGGUGGGAGACGUGGUGGAGGUGGAGGAGGACGAGACCUUCCCCUGUGACCUCAUCCUGCUCCAGUCCAGCAGGGAUGACGACACGUGCUUCGUCACCACCGCCAGCCUGGACGGGGAGUCCAACCACAAGACACACUACACGGUACCCGAAACGGAGAAGGAGCUGGACCUGCUCAGCGCCACCAUCGAGUGCGAGCAGCCCCAGCCUGACCUCUACAAGUUUGUUGGGCGUAUGCACAUCUACAGGAACGACCAGGAACCUGCUGUUAGGUCUCUAGGCCCAGAAAACCUCCUUUUGAAAGGCGCUACCCUGAAGAACACUUUGAAGAUCUAUGGCGUGGCAGUGUACACAGGCAUGGAGACCAAGAUGGCGCUCAACUACCAGGGCAAGUCCCAGAAGCGCUCUGCAGUGGAGAAGUCUAUCAACGCCUUCCUGCUGGUGUACCUGACCAUCCUGGUGAGCAAGGCCCUGGUGUGCACCACACUGAAGUACGUGUGGCAGAGCAAGCCAGGCCAGGACGAGCCCUGGUACAACCACAAGACCCAGAGGGAGAAGGACACCAACCUGUACCUUAAGAUGUUCACGGACUUCCUGUCCUUCAUGGUGCUGUUCAACUUCAUCAUUCCCGUGUCCAUGUACGUUACCGUGGAGAUGCAGAAGUUCCUAGGCUCUUUCUUCAUCUCCUGGGACAAAGACUUCUACGACCCCGAGAUCCAGGAGGGGGCGCUGGUCAACACCUCCGACCUCAACGAGGAGCUGGGACAGGUGGAGUACGUGUUCACAGACAAAACGGGUACGCUGACCCAGAACAACAUGGAGUUCAUCGAGUGCUGCAUCGACGGCUUCCAGUACAAGUACCGCGACGCCGACACCGAGCUGGACGGCUUCUGUGUCACAGAUGGACCUGUGAACAAGCUGCAGCAGAAGGCUGGCAGGGAGAAGGAGGAGCUUUUCCUGCGGGCGCUGUGCCUGUGUCACACGGUGCAGGUGAAGGAGCCAAGCGCCCCGAGAGGGGCCCAGAGCCAGCUAGACCGGGUGAUGGGCCAUGUGGACGGCCUGGGGCUGGGCUUGGUGUCGGGGCUGGAUGGAGAUGGGGGCCAAUCAGAGGAGGAGGAGCCCAGAGGUUUCAUCGCUUCCUCACCAGACGAGGUGGCGCUGGUCAAGGGAGCCAUGAAGUACGGCUUCACCUUCCUGGGUCUGGAGAGCAAGAACAUGAAGAUACUCAACAGGAACAACGACGUGGAAGUGUACGAGCUGCUUCACGUCUUGAACUUUGACCCCGUCAGAAGGCGGAUGAGUGUGAUCGUUCGGUCGAAAUCAGGUGACACGUUGCUCUUCUGUAAGGGCGCCGACUCCUCCAUCUUCCCCCGGGUGAAGCAGGAGGAGGUGGAGAGGAUCCGCAUGCACGUGGAGCGCAACGCCACGGAGGGCUACAGGACCCUGUGCGUGGCCUACAAGAAGCUGGGGGUGGAGGAGUACGCCCAGGCAGACGCAGGGCUCAGGGAAGCCAGGCUGGCCCUGCAGGACCGAGAGGAGAAGCUCAUGGCCAUCUACAACCAGGUGGAGACAGGCAUGAGCCUCAUAGGAGCCACCGCCGUGGAGGACAGGCUGCAGGAGGAGGCAGCAGAGACCAUGGAGGCGCUGCAGGGGGCGGGCAUGAAGGUGUGGGUGCUGACGGGGGACAAGAUGGAGACGGCCAAGUCCACGUGCUACGCCUGCCGCCUGUUCCAGCGGGGCACGGAGCUGCUGGAGCUGACGGUGCGCACCCUGGAGGACGGGGGGAGGAAGCGCGGCGAGCGCCUCCACGAGCUGCUGAUGGACUACCACAAGAGGGCGGUGAAGGACGCCCCUCCGGUCAAGGCCGGGGUCACCAGGAGCUGGUCAUCGGCCUCUCAGGACUACGGCUUCAUCAUCGACGGGGCCACCCUCUCCCUGGUGUUCAACGCCUCUCCAGACUCCGUCUCCAGCAGCUACAAGAGCCUGUUCCUGCAGAUCUGCCAGAACUGCACCGCCGUGCUCUGCUGCCGCAUGGCGCCCCUGCAGAAGGCCCAGAUAGUGAAGCUGGUGAAGAACUCCAAAGGCAACCCCAUCACCCUGUCCAUAGGGGACGGGGCCAACGACGUCAGCAUGAUCCUGGAAGCACACGUCGGCAUCGGUAUAAAGGGUAAAGAGGGCCGCCAGGCCGUCAGGAACAGCGACUACGCCAUCCCCAAACUCAAGCACCUGAAGAAGCUCCUGCUGGCUCACGGGCACCUGUACUACGUCCGCAUCGCCCACCUGGUGCAAUACUUCUUCUACAAGAACCUCUGCUUCAUCUUACCUCAGUUCUUGUACCAGUUCUUCUGUGGAUAUUCCCAGCAGCCCCUGUACGACGCAGCCUAUCUGACGAUGUACAACAUCUGCUUCACCUCUAUGCCCAUCCUGGCCUACAGCCUGUUGGAGCAGCACAUCUGCAUGGAGGUCCUGCUGGACAAUGCCACCCUCUACAGGGAGAUAGCGAAGAAUGCCAACUUGCGUUGGUGCCCCUUCCUGUACUGGACCUUGCUGGGGGUCUUUCAGGGCCUUCUGUUCUUCUUCGGGGUCCGCUAUCUGUUCAGUAACCCUGCCCUCCAGGAUAACGGCCAGGUGUUUGGGAAUUGGUCGUACGGGACGAUAGUGUUCACCGUCCUCGUGUUCACCGUCACACUCAAGCUGGCUCUGGACACCAGACACUGGACAUGGAUCAACCACUUUGUCAUCUGGGGCUCCCUAGCCUUCUAUGUGUUCUUCAGCUUCUUUUGGGGAGGCAUCAUAUGGCCCUUCCUGCAGCAGCAGCGCCUGUACUUUGUGUUUGCCAACAUGCUGAGCUCGGUGUCUGCUUGGCUGGUCAUCAUCCUGCUCAUCCUGCUCAGCCUGCUGCCCGACAUCCUGCUGGUGGUGCUGCGCAAGCCCCGCGGACCCCACUCACGACAGAAGAAGCCGGUAGAAUCGAGCGCAGGGGACCCCCAGGUUCCCCCAUCUUCAGCCAGGCCCCUGCUCAUGAGAACCUUUUCAGAUGAGUCCAAUACUGUGCUAUGAACAGCUGUCAGAGGACUCCGUCAUAAAGACCUCCAGAUCGCUGCUGUCACACCGCUGUCCUACAAGUACUUAAAGGAGGGGGAGUAAACGGGCAGCAAAGAAGACCAAGCCGCAUCCUUCCUCUUUCAGGACUUGAAGACAGUGGAUCUUUGCUGCCUGCCGUCCUGCCUGAUCAGAAGGAAUGAGGCCAACAACAACAACAAAAAGCAGAAAAGGAUCUAAACAGAAAAGAAGCUCAAAGGAACCUAGAGAGGGGCUCUGAGUACAGCGCUGGUUAGAAGCUGCUGGUUCUGUCCCCCUCCUCUCCUGCUCCCUUCCUAAGUCCCCCCCCCACCCCCUCUCCCUCGCAUGCCUGCAGUGCAGAACACUGCACCACUGGCCCACGCAGAACCCCCACUGCUCGUCCUUGUUUUUGGGUCUUCUUUUUGAUCCCGUUCUGUCCAUUGACUCUUCAGAUUACGGGCAGUUUCCCCUGUUCCUUCUUGGGCUUCCCUCCUCCUCCUGGGCCCUGUUGUGUUGUUUGAUAUACUAGCUUACAGAUUGAAAUGAAUGCAUCUACGGCUGCCUUGUGAGGGGCUUCGGGCUGCGUGUGUUCCAGCAGGCAGUCAGUCGCACCUCCACUGUCCCCAAGAAUGAUUCAUCUGCAUGAACCAAGGCUCCACCCAAGGCCACAUUCCACUGAUGUUGCCAUCGUCAUUAUAUGUUCAUCUUUCUGGAAGGUUUGUUAAAAAAAAAAAAAAAAGAAGAAGAAAAGUUGCGACAACAUGCUGAUUUUUAAAUUGUAUUUUGAUCAAUGAUCCAAAUUGUCCAUCAAUGUCCAAAUUGAAAUGAGUUCCUCGUUACAUGUUAUGUGAUUCCAACCCAGUCCAGCAAAGACGUUGUGUUAGCUAGCACGCUGAGGUUACUGAUAGAACGAGUUCAGGAUAUAUUUGCAGUGUGUUCAAUACUGAGGUGGGCCAGUGUGGAGACCACUCACCCCCUCAUCUCUCCAAAAACGGUAUGUUUGUUUGCGUGUGACUAUGAGUAUCCUAUGCCUGUGUGUGACAGAGUUGAAUGAAAUCCGGGCAAUGAGCCAGUGAUCCAGACUACCUUUCUACCUUCUCAUGUGGUCCGGUAAACCUGACCUGAAAUUGUUUAAUCUCAGUGAUCAUUUAAGAGAACUUUAUUGGAGUUAGAAAAUUAGUAUAUGUGUAUAUGUUCUGUCUAGAGUUUAAAUAACUUUCCUCAAAGCCAAAAGCCAAGGAAUGGGGAGAUACAAAAUGUUACGUCCAACUUGAAGCAUCUGAACUGUAGGUGACGAACGAGGUGUGAUUGUGUUUUAAGUUUCUGAGUUUGUCGUUCGUGUGCCUAGCAGCACAGUUGUACUCACAAAUGCACACAUGCACUAAAAGCCUAAAUGAGGUAUAUUUGUCCCAUUACAGGUUAGUUAGCCACAUUGCUUGUCCAAGAUGGGCUGCAGUGUGAAAGUAAAGGUCCACACUGCAGAACCAUCUUGGUUUCUGAUCACCAUAGUUACCACUGUGAGGCUCCCCCUCCCCCCGGCCUCCUGCAGGCUGGGUGGGGCUUGGGUUAGCCUCCUCUGUCCUGUCCUUAGCGUUAUUGCUUAAUACAUUCCAUUUUACAUACCACGGUUUGCAUCACUUUUAGAAACUAUCCAGAACGAUUCUUUUUGUUAUUUCUUUUUCUUCUUUGCAACGUGUAAAAUCUAUUUGACAUAUUUAUUGUUACGUGUAAUUUUACUCACAAAUGUUCUAUUUUUUAUGACAUAAAUCUUUUUUAUCGCCGAGAAUGGAUCAGCGUUUGCCAGUUCCUUUAGCCUGUGUUGUGUAUCAGACAGAUGUGUGCCCAUGCCAACUCAUUUGACGGUUGUCUCCCAGACACACCCAUCCCUGCUCCCCUCCACCUCACCCUCUCGCAUAGUGGGCAAACUAACAACGCCCCCAAGCCAAAUGUUAUAGAGAUUUAACGUAUUUCUCUAACCCACCAUCUACCUUCAUUAGGAGAGAAAAUACAGUAUUUUUCUUCACUCAUGAGGUCCAGAUUAGUUUGACAGGGGUGAGUAAACAUCAGCUUUGGGAUGUUUCUUUUCCAAACCCAGAAGGCAGGACAGAUACCUGUUUGGGUGUGAGAGGCAGGUGGGUGGCAGCUCAUGCCAGGGGGUGUGUCCUAGGUCAGGGAGCAGGAGAGGUGUGUGGGGGGGAGGGGCUUCCUGCAUUGUAAAAAAGAAAAAUGAACAUAAACAAACCUUUAAAACAUCAGAGAUGCUAUUUUCAAAGCUUAUAUCAAAAAAUAUUGGAUUAUCAUGUUUUGCCUGACUAAAAAUGAAAAAGAAUGAUUGUAUUUUUAAUGCAACCUUUUUCCAGCCACCUGUUUUGUAAGAAAAUUUGAAACACCCAUAAAAAGCGCAAGAGGCUCUAUGAUUGUGGAGACUGGCUGGAUGAUGGGGCUCAACGCUGGGGUGCGGGUGCUGCCUGGAAGUGGAGGCUGGCACAAGCAGGCACCUCACCCCACCUCCAGCCCCCUACCCACAGUCUCCAGCCUCAGAACUCUGAAACCUCAGAUCUGAAUGUACCUCUUUAAGACCAGUAUGUUCAAGGCUGAUCAUUUUCUGGAAUAAAACUGAAUAAUGUUUUGAAGAAAAAAAAA